CUCUAUAAAAAGAUCUUAUUACUUAGUAUUGUUACUUCGAAGGCACGCUUGGAUAUAUCUCACCUGAGCUUUCAAGAACUGGAAAAGCAAGUACAAGAUCAGAUGUAUUCGCACUUGGAGUGGUAAUGCUAGAGAUUACUUGCGGUCGGAAACCCAUAUUGUCACGAUCAUCCCAAAGCGAAAUGGUACUGACUGAUUGGGUGCUAGAGUGUUGGGGUAACGGAGAUAUAAUGCAGGUUCUUGAUCAUAAGAUGGGGCAUGACUAUAUUGAGGAGCAAGUGGCACUUAUUCUGAAACUCGGUUUACUUUGUUCUCAUCCGGUUGCAGCCAUGAGGCCAAGCAUGUCCAGUGUCAUUCAAUUCUUGGACAAUGUGGCUCAGCUUCCUCUCAACUUACUUGACAUUAUGAAAUCUAGAGAAGUUACUAAUGGUACUGAAAUCUCAGAUGAUUCUCCUGAGUCAUGUUCCGUCUCACCCUUGACCUUCACUGAACCGUUUGUCUCUCAUGGACGCUAAAAGAUGAAAUAUCCAUAUACUCUCUCAGGUUCUUGAUUUCUAAUGAAAAUGCAAGUCUUUGUAAUAAGUUUGCAAGCUUGAAAAAAAGUCAAUCCUGGUUACAAAGAAAACAAUACUAUUGGUUUGUGUUAUCCUUACUGAGACAAUAAAAUGAUUCUCAC